CCUCUUAGUAGAGCGACUCAAGGAAAGAGAAGGCGGCGACUGCGGCCUUUUGGGGGGGAAACUUAAGAGGCGUUUGUGGCGGAUUUAGAACCCCCGCCGAGCUUCGAAGUCGGCUGUGACCGUUUUUUAACGGUUCGUCUCUCGCAGAUUCGGCAUGACGUAUCCGGCGUUUGGAGCGUAUGGUGCUUACCAUGGUCAGAUGCCAAUGCAAAUGGCAGUGGGACAACCGGUCCCUAGAGGGGUACAAACUGCUGUAGCCCAUGAUGGAUCUACUGGAUAUUCUGUUUAUUCUGGUGCCUAUGCUGGUGCUGCUGUUGAUCCCUUGUGGGCAUUCUUCAGUGCUACUGCUGGACAGAAUGGUGAAGUGGAUGCAGAAGAACUCCAGAGAUGUCUAACACAAUCUGGAAUCAGUGGAACAUAUUCUCCAUUCAGCUUGGAGACCUGCAGAAUUAUGAUAUCGAUGUUAGACAGACAGAAUACUGGAAAAAUGGGCUAUAAUGAAUUUAAAGAACUUUGGACAGCUCUCAGUGCUUGGAAACACAAUUUCAUGUUGGUUGAUCAAGACCGAAGUGGAACUGUGGAAUUUCAUGUGCUGACUCAAGUUAUUGUAGCUAUGGGAUACAGACUAAGUCCACAGACUUUAAUUGCUAUUGUAAAACGUUACAGCAAGAAUGGCAGAAUUUCUUUUGAUGACUAUGUGGCUUGCUGUGUGAAGCUUCGUGCUUUAACAGAUUUCUUCAGAAGAAGAGACAGCAUGCAACAGGGCAUUGUGAAUCUUCUGUAUGAUGAUUUCUUGCAGUGCACCAUGACUAUCUGAGUGCCGGCUGUGGAUGAAAAGUCCCAUGCUUAACUUCACCUACGUAGAAUUGCUGUGAAAGCAAGGCUGUCAUUGAUUUUCCAUAUUUCUGCCUGCUAAUGUACCAUUUUUGACCUUUAAUGUGUAGUUUGAAAUAAAUAAGUAUACAGGUUGUACAGUAAUUGUUAGAGGUGUCAUUCUUUUACAUGUGGAUGAUAGUCUUUUUUUUUUUCUAUUUGGGGUUACGGUCUUAGGAUGGAUAAAAGGAAACAAUCACCUUUCAUGUAAUGAUUACAAACAGGGCAGGCUGCAUCUUGUGAAAUUGUAAAUGCCUAAGAAAACAGGAAGCCAUGAAUUGGUGGCUGUCAAAAAGUAUGUAUAAACAUUUGUAUAUUUCUUCUGGAGUUUGAUAAAUAAUUUGAAUGCAAACUAGAAGAAUGUGUUCAUAGUAAAGAUUAUACUCUAUGGUAAUAAAACAUAAUCUUCUGAGUCGUUUAUCCUCUUGACCAGGGGUCCCCAACCCUCAGGCAUACUGGUCCGUGGACAGUUAAGAACCGGUCCGUGCAAGCGGGUGAGAGAAGCUUUAUUUGUGCAUGCGUGGGAUCUAGGUUGUGUGCGAAACCACCACCCCGCCCAUCCCGGUCCGUGGAAAAAUUGACUUUCACGAAACUGGUUCCAGAAAGAUUGGGGACCACUGCUCUUGAUGUAAUCUUCAAAAGAAUACAGGUGACUUUAUGGAGUUGACAUUUUCCAGAUGAAGCGUUGAUCGUCUAGAAAGGUAAAAGAAUGGGGGCAUUUGCAACUGGCUCAUAAUUAUCACCUAGAAUGCCAAGAGCAAGUGAAGAAUCCAUGAAACACAUGCCUAUGUUGAUGCUUUCUCUGCUUUACUGCACUGUGGUUACUGCCUGAAAACAGAAUUGUAGAUGUGGGAAGCUGUUAAAAUAACGCAGCUUCUCAUAUUGUAAUAAUAACAUGCCAGUUGAAUAGCAUCAGCAGAUCUCUUGCUCUCCUCCAACUCUCUGCAAGUGGUAUUAGAUAAACAGGGCCUGUGGCAAACCAUUCCUUUAUAUGUUUUUUUAAAUACAGCGGCUGCUGUUUUCUAUCCAUUUAUAAUUUGUACAUUGUAAGGAAAUGUCAAGGUUAGAAUUUGUAGAUAAUGGUCUUGGUUUACCAGCUUGGUUAUUGCCAUGUUUUGCAGAUUUAAACAUUUUCUUUCUGCGUAGACAUCUCAUUAUACAUUGUGGAUGAAUCAUAAAAGCCUUGCUUAUAGUGAGCUGUUGGAUAUGUUCUGCUGCCAAAGGAAAUAGAAUUAAGUCCAGGUAGUGUUUCACGAUUAACCUAGCAAGUGGGUGCAUUUGUUGCAAUAUUCCCCCGUGUUGCCAUUUCUUGGUAUAUCGAAUAGCAUGAUGCAGCUGUGUGAUCUGAGCACUUGGUAAGAGGAAGAUAUAUUUGCAUCACAUCAGAGUUCGGUCUCACAACUAAAAUGUAAGAAGUCAUUUUGUUGAAUAUUGCAGUAAGCUGUACUCUUGCUAAGAAAGAUAGUUUUUAGCCUGGAGACAACAAUGCAUCUGUGAAACAUUUCAGUUAUUUGUGUCAUCCUGCACCUCCCUCUAUAAUUAUGCCAUUAUAUUUAUCUCCUUUAAAAUGGCUUUUACGUUAUAUUUGAAUUUCUGUAACAGUGGUGAUAUCAAAUCAAAAGUUUUUGAAAUCAUUGACACUAUUCACGUGGAAAUUUUGUGUUCACCAUUGUCAAGUAAUAGCUGUAGAUUAUUUGCAAUCUUCUAUAGAGAUUUUGUACCUUUUGAAAUGGAUGCUGUUCUAACUGUAAAAAUGUUCUUGUUCUAUUUUCAGUGCCAUUCCAGGCAAUUGUUUGAAAAUAAAGUUAGAGCUUGCUUUGUA